AUGCCAGGAACGACGUCAGAGUCAACCGAAGUACCGAUCUUAGAUCCUACAUCCUCGUCAAACGAAGAGAUUGAUCCAUCCGUCGAUCGUGAUCGAAUUCGCGUUGUAUGUGAAGGCCUUGUAGCAUCUGGAGUGGUAAGAGAACUGACAUGA